AUGGCAUUACGCGAGCUUUUAGUGAUGGGGAUAUUGCUGCUGGUUUGUCUUGCUAAGGUUUCAUCCGAUGAUAACCUGGAAAAGGAAGAAAACGAAGAACUUGGUUUUCCUGAUGACCCUAUUAUCGUGAGGGACGGGAACAGAAGGCUAAUGCAAGACAUAGAUUGUGGAGGAUUGUGCAAAACAAGGUGUAGUGUUCAUUCGAGGCCAAACGUGUGCCACAGGGCUUGUGGCACGUGCUGUGUGAGGUGCAAGUGUGUCCCACCUGGUACUUCUGGUAACAGGGAGCUCUGUGGGACUUGCUACACUGAUAUGACCACCCAUGGCAACAAGACUAAGUGCCCUUAG